CUUUCGAGUUUCCACUUGUUUGUUUGUUCCCCUCCUUUUUCUCUUCUUCGUAGUCUCUCCGGAAAAAGUUAAAAUUAAAAUUAAAUUGAAAUCGUCUCUAAAACCCCUCUUUAGUUAGGGUUUCGAAUUCAUCAAAUCAAAUCAUUCGAGCAAUCAGCUUUCCCCAGUCACGAUUUCUCUCCUUUUGGUUGACCAGUAAACAUGUCGCUGAGGCCGAACGCUAGGACCGAGGUCAGGCGGAAUCGGUACAAGGUGGCGGUGGAUGCGGAAGAGGGCAGGAGGAGGCGCGAGGACACCAUGGUUGAGAUCCGCAAGAAUCGACGGGAGGAGAGUUUGCAAAAGAAGCGACGUGAGGGGCUCCAACCGCAGCAGAUGCCUGCCUCCAUCCACUCAUCAGCUGUCGAGAAGAAGUUGGAAAAUCUACCAGCCAUGGUUGCUGGAGUUUGGUCAGAUGAUAAGAACCUACAGCUUGAGGCCACUACCCAGUUCAGAAAAUUGCUAUCGAUUGAACGCAGCCCUCCAAUUGAGGAAGUUAUUCAAGCUGGUGUUGUUCCACGGUUUGUUGAGUUUCUUAUGAGGGAGGACUACCCACAGCUUCAGUUUGAGGCUGCCUGGGCUCUUACAAAUAUUGCCUCUGGGACAUCAGAGAACACCAAGGUUGUUAUUGACCAUGGUGCCAUCCCAAUCUUUGUGAAACUUCUUGCUUCUCCUAGUGAUGAUGUUCGUGAGCAGGCUGUGUGGGCACUGGGAAAUGUUGCUGGUGAUUCUUCGAGAUGCCGUGAUUUAGUCCUUGGACAUGGAGCUUUGCUUCCUUUAUUGUCACAGCUUAAUGAGCAUGCCAAACUUUCCAUGCUGAGAAAUGCUACCUGGACUUUGUCAAACUUUUGUCGUGGCAAACCUCAGCCACCCUUUGAUCAGGUUAAGCCUGCACUUCCAGCUCUAGCACGUCUUAUUCAUUCAAAUGAUGAAGAAGUCUUGACAGAUGCAUGUUGGGCACUUUCUUAUCUAUCUGAUGGUACAAAUGACAAAAUUCAAGCUGUUAUUGAGGCAGGGGUGUGCCCCAGGCUUGUUGAGCUUUUAACGCACCCAUCUCCUUCUGUGCUUGUGCCUGCCCUUCGCACUGUUGGAAACAUUGUCACUGGUGAUGAUAUGCAGACUCAGUGUAUUAUCAACCAUCAAGCAUUGCCUUGCCUUCUGGCACUUUUGACCAAUAACUACAAAAAGAGCAUAAAAAAGGAAGCUUGUUGGACUAUCUCAAAUAUCACAGCUGGCAACAAAGAGCAAAUUCAGUCUGUAAUUGAGGCUCUUAUUAUUGGCCCACUUGUUCAUCUGCUUCAAAAUGCUGAGUUUGACAUCAAGAAAGAGGCUGCAUGGGCAAUCUCGAAUGCAACAUCUGGGGGUACACCUGACCAGAUCAAGUACCUUGUAAGCCAAGGUUGCAUAAAGCCCUUGUGUGACCUUCUCAUCUGCCCUGAUCCAAGGAUUGUUACCGUCUGUUUAGAAGGUCUUGAGAACAUCUUGAAGGCAGGAGAAGCUGACAAGAAUUUGGGUACUACCGGAGGUGUUAAUCUAUAUGCUCAACUGAUUGAUGAUGCUGAGGGCUUAGAGAAGAUUGAGAACCUUCAGUCUCACGAUAAUACUGAGAUAUAUGAGAAGGCAGUGAAGAUUCUUGAGACAUAUUGGUUGGAAGAGGAGGAUGAAACAAUGCCACCGGGUGAUGGUCCUCAAGGGUUUCAGUUUGGAGGUAGUGAAGUUCCGACAGUACCUUCUGGUGGAUUCAACUUCAGCUAAAGAAAUUGUAGCUGGUUUCUAUCUAUCAGGUCUUAUGAUGGAGAAUGUUUGGAAUUGAGUACAAUCGGACAUUGUUGGAGUUAAGGUCAGGGGUCUUGUCAUCAUGUCUUGGUCCGUUGUGGUCCAGUGUCCUUGUAUGGUCGUGAGGGUUUCUUGAGAGUCUUCGAUUUACCACGUGAAUAGAUUAUUUUGGUGGAUGGGGACAGGCGGGUGUAUAUGAGCAUUGGCCCAUUUCCGCAAUAAGCUGAGUGAUGGGAGUUCUCUCUUCUCAUCAAGUGGCUCUCCGUGGAGGUUGGCCUCCUCUUGUGAAGAUGAUGCUGAGUCUUUAUUUUCUUGCGUCUCAGUUGUCCUAGUUGUCAUAGUUGUGUCUUUGUAUGCACCGUCUUUUGUCGUGGGGUGAUUUUGGCACUCCCAAAAUGCUUAUUUAUAUUAAUUCUUAUUAUUAAUUGUGAUAAAUUUUUUCUUUAUAGGGUAAGUUGUAUUGUCAUGAUUUCUUGUUUUCUCAAGUCUUUUUUGAGUCUGUAGCCUGCAAUAUGUACUGGUUCUGAUAAUGCAAAAGUGCCAAACGGUAUAAGACUCUUUUUGUUAUUGC